AUGACCAAAACAUUCACCCCCUUCAAGACCGGCCACAUUCACCCCUCUCACCGCAUCGUAAUGGCCCCCCUAACCCGCCUCCGCGCCGACACCAACAAUAUCCAACUCCCCAUGGCAAUCAUCUACUACACGCAGCGCGCCCUCAUCCCGGGAACCCUUCUCAUCAGCGAAGCAUGCACCAUCUCCCCCCGCGCAGCAGCAUCCUUCCCGCACACCCCCGGGAUCUGGAACGAGCUGCAGAUCCAGCGGUGGAGGGAGAUCACGGACGCAGUACAUGCGUGCGGGUGCUUCAUGUACUGCCAGAUAGUAGCGCCGGGACGGGCGGGGUUCCCGGAUGCUGCUGCGAGCAAGGGGUUCAGUGUUGAUGCGCCGAGCGCGAUUCCGAUAAGCGGGAUGGCGACGCCGAGAGAGAUGAGCGAGAACGACAUCAAAGACUGCAUUGGGGAGUUUGCACAUGCAGCGCAGUGUGCGAUGGAGGCUGGGUUCGACGGGGUGGAGAUUCAUGGCGCGAAUGGGUACUUGAUCGAUCAGUUUACGCAGGACAAUAGUAACCACCGGAGUGAUAUCUGGGGCGGGAGCGUGGAGAACCGCAACCGGUUCGGUGUUGAAGUUGCACGCGCUGUAGCGGGUGCUAUUGGGGCCGAAAGGACUGGGUACAGAAUCAGUCCGUGGAGUCGGUUCCAGGAUAUGCGGAUGGAGGAUCCCGUUCCGCAGUUCACGGAGUUGACGAGGGCUCUUAAGAAGUUGAAGUUGGGAUAUUUGCAUGUCAUUGAGGCGCGGGUUACCAACAGUGAAGAUAUCGAUACGCCUGAGCAGGUUGACUUCGUGCUUGAUGUUUGGGGAGACCACUCCGUUGUUCUAUUGGCGGGUGGGUUUACACCUGACAAUGCGCGGCAUUAUCUGGAUGGGGUGUAUAAGGAUCGGAACGUGGCGCUGGUGUUUGGACGGUAUUUCCUGUCGACGCCCGAUUUGGUGUAUAGGAUGCAGAAGGGCAUUGCGCCGAACCCGUACCAUCGGCCUUCGUUUUAUACCCCGAUGCAGUUGGAGGGGUAUUUAGAUUAUCCGUAUAGUAAGGAGUUUUUGGAGGAGCAUGGACAUGAGAUUGUUGCUUGA